CAAGGUUUCUCCAUUGGUUUUUGCCCCUGCAAUUUUCAAAACAUUAAGGGGCCGUUUGAUUUGUAAACAAGUUAUUUCGAGGUUAAUAAUAAUGAGACGAUAAUAUUGAGUGGUUUGUGAACAUACCACCAUUCCAAACUCCCAUAGCCAUGCAUUGUCUACCACACAAAAGGCCAACCUGACCCUACUUCUAAGAGAAUGAAAUCAAAAGAGCAAUUUUCUCCUUUAAGCCAUCUAAGGCAUUAAGGCCUAAUGGCAUGCACCCCGUCCUUUACCAAAUAUAGACAUUAUGGGGAAAGAUAUUAUCCAGUUCUCCCAAGAAUGCUUUGAAUCAAAAACAAUACACCCUAAAAUGAAUGAGACCCUCCUAUGUCUCAUACCAAAAUGAUCACAGGCCUCCGUGCUUAAGAAUUUCGGACUUAUAGCCCUUUGCAAUACUAUCUACAAAAUUGUGACCAAAAUCCUGGUUAAUAGAAUCAAGCCCUACCUGACCCAAAUAAUUGGUGCCAGCCAAGUCAGCUUCUUGUCCAACAAGAGAGCUUCUGAUAAUGCUAUUAUAGUCCAGGAAUGCAUCACCCACUUUGUGAAGAUGAGAGGAAAGAAACCAUAUAUGAUCCUAAAAAUUGACCAGGAAAAGGAUUUUGACACGAGUGAGUGGUCUUUUAUCCGAGACACUCUCCAUGCUUUUAACUUUCUCACUGGCCUUAUUAGCCUCAUCUUAUCUCGUGUAAGUUCCUCCUCCAUCUCAAUCUUGGUUAAUGGGGACCAAACUCCUCCCUUCAAACCAUCCAGAGGCAUAAGACAAAGAGAUCCCCUGUCUCCUUAUCUGUUCGUCAUGUGUAUGGAAAGACUUUCUAGACUAAUUGAUGAAGUUGUUCAGAUAAAAGAGUGGUGCCCAAUCAGAAACAGCAGGUCGAUCAUCCUAAGAUUGAGAGACAUGGUGGUAAAACACAGAUACAGGGAGACGAACAAAGUAGUUGAUUUGAUGGCAAAUGAGGGAGCCAAAAAAGACUUUUUUGGAAGAACAACAAUCGUGACAGUUCCUCCGGUGUUUGCAAAUAAAGCUUUUUGGGCAGACAUCCUAGGAAUUAUCUUUUCUAGAAAGAUUUUGGACUGUAAUAUUAAUUCUGUGGAACAAAAUUUAGGAGGCACUUCAUACACCCUGAAGACGAUGUAUCUAUUUCCCUUUAGUUGCUAA